CGUCUCUAAUCUUCGUGUUUAAAUUAUUGUGAUAAAGUCGCUCAUUCACCUACUCUAAUCAACUGCUAAAAAAGCGUGCCAAAAAAGUUUGUUGCAUUUUAAAAAAAACGAAGGAGGUACAAAGUAAAUGGUUUGUUUGUAAAUAAGGUUUCAUUUGUGUUACCAAGUGAGAAGUGACACAUUCAUGAUCAAGUGGACUUAAGUAUUGACCCUUCUAUUGGUAUUGAGCUGCUUACAGACUUUACAGAGUGCAAUAUGGUCACUAAUUAGUCUUCAAUAGUACCUCUUUUGGACCGCAAAAACCUGGUUUAAAUUGCUUUUUUUUUUUUUCCUUUUUUUUCUUUUUGGGUUGAUUAAAAGCUUAAAUUGCUCCAAAUCACUAAAUUAUGCGAUUUAUUAAAUGCUUAAACAUGCAUUGGAUGCCACAUAGCAGCAAUUCUAUGCAAUUAUAGUAUUAUUCAACAGACCGUACCUGUAAGAAUCACCAUUUAUGUGCAGGAAAGGUGGUACAACUAUAUGCAGUCCAUGAGUACGAAGUAUUUCAGUUAGCAUCAGUUUUAGGCUAAAUCACUCAAAAUCGCCCUAGGAUCCAUUGAUCUGAGUCCAAAAAACUUCCUCAUUCAGGCAAUGUUAUGACUUGGAUACACAGUUGGAGAAAGGUAUGCCAUAGUGCUUGUUAUUAUGCCUUUAUUUACUGUUAGGCACGAUAAUACAUGAUUUGCUAUAUGUGAAUAGCACGAGGAUUAGGAUGAUAGUUAAAGAUGAGAACAUUUCAACAGUGUUACAUAUAACACACUUGCAUCAAAAGGAAAUAAUUAUGCAUGCAUAUCAGGAUUCUUUUCCCUUAUCAAUAAAAUGUCAACCUAAAUCUUCAUUCCGUACUGAUAAAAAGUAAAAACUGAAAGUAAAUCAUACCUUAUCAGCUUCAGAUUUUUCUCACUUUUCUAUAGCAGAGAGCCAGAAAGUUGAGAAGGUAAAAGUAUAACAUUCUAGAUAGACCUCACUACUCUCAUCAGAUUCCUCCAAUCACAGCUGUUAGACUAACAGUACUUGCAAUUUUAAAACGAAAAAAGGCAGAAAAAAAUAAGAAGCCAAAGCAGCUUCUGAUUUCCUCAUAUCUCGAAAAUAUCUGGAACAACUUGAACUGAAAGGCCAUUUUUCAGGAAUCUAUUCUUCAGUGAGGGAAAUGCUCAACUGUCUGAAGAACAAAACUUAGCAUAAGAAAAAGUGUCAUUUUGCCCACAGGAAAAUACCAUAGACACUGCCGUACUUUCAUAGAAAUCAUUACACGUUUCCAUCGCCACAUUCCUAGUUGAUUCUCAAGCAAAUGUGAGGCACAAAAACAGACUUGCUGACCAUUGUAAACAGCAGCAUAGGAAUAUUAGCCACAAAUCAAUCAAAAUUUUAUCCAGACAAUGAUUUAGAAUAAUCCUGAACAGUUAACUCACUCGCCUAAAAUGACAGCUAUAAAUAGAUCCUCAAGGAAGCACAAGUCAUGCAAAGUAAAACUAGCACAAGAAACAAUUUCUAAAAAAACCAUCAACAUAUUACAAUUUACACGGUUCAGGUAGCAGCAAUGGAGGUUGUGAGGCAGCUAGCCAAUGAAAAGCCACUAGUGAUUCUCAGCAAAAGCUCUUGCUGUGUUUCUCACUCAAUGAAGCAGCUUAUGAGCAGCUAUGGAGCCAAUGCAACAGUAUAUGAGCUUGAUGAAAUGCCAAAUGGAAAAGAAAUCGAGAAGGGUCUCCUGAGCAUGGGAAUUAAGCCAAGUGUCCCUGCUAUUUUUAUCGCCCAAAAGUUUGUUGGCGGUUCAAAUGAAAUCCUUAGCCUCCAAAUCCAAGGGAAACUGGUGCCUAUGCUCAUAGAAGCAGGAGCCAUAUGGAUUUGGAAUAAAACAUCCACUAAGUAGAUUUUAGUUUAAAGACAUUAUUCUGAAUCUCUUUCUUUUAUAUGAGAUGAAGAUAUUAAUUGAACAAUAUAAAACAAUGCCAGUAAUAGAAUCACUUUCAGUUGUAAGGAGCUCUCUCAGUUUUAUUGCAUACUUGUAUAAAUAAGAAUCUACCCUAAUCCUCAUAAAAUGAGUUAAUUAGCAUAAUGGUAUAAUGUAAUCUCUUUCAUUUGUAAAAAGUAUUUGUUCUAAUUUGUGAUAAAAAGAUCUGCUCUUUUAACAGCUGAAUGUGAAAUAAUCAAAAGGGCUUGUCAUCUAUCUUACAGAUUUUGAAUUUAAAUAAAUCAAGAUCCUAAACUCUUGAACCAACAGUGAAAGGAAUACCAAGUCGAUAAAUAUAAUGUAACCCCUACACAGCCCUCAGGAAGAACUCACAUAGAUAAUAGCAUGGGAUAUGCAUAUCACAAAUUAGUCCAGUCCAAUCCGAAACAAAAUUCAAUCCGAUCCAAUCCAGUUUAGGAUUUAGUAGUUUGGAUCUUAUCCUGAAUCUUUACUAAAAACACUACCUUUGAUUAAUGGCCUGUGGCUCCUUUUUUUUAAUAGGGCGAUAAUAUAAAAUCACAAAUUAUCCCAACAUUGGCUUACAAUUUCAGAAUGUCUUGAAAGCAGUGUACAUGCUAAGAAAUUACAGGUAAAGGGCUUAACUCUGUCAAUCCGUUCCAAUCUGAAUUCCAAUUUUUUGACAAAGUAAUUCAAUCCGAUUCCAUCCCAUUUCUCCCGACAUUCCUAGCAUAAGCAAAUCAAAAGAUUUUCUAGACUUCACAUAAUUAAACCUCUCCAGUACCUCCGUGAUGAAGUGUAAAUGAAAAGCACUACAUUUCACAUCAAAAUAUUUUGGUUUGGAAUAGAUUGAAUCUAUCCGAAUAGCGAACACUCGAAUUUCAACAUUCAAAGCCACUCAACGCUUGAUGAGUUGUAGAUUAACGGUGAUAAAGACUUUGUUUCGUUCAGUUUA